AUGGCUUCUCAGCAGCCAUACGAUGAAGCAGUACUCGAUCUGCCUGGACGUUCACCUGUUCCGCCCCAGCUUCACGACCAUCACCAAGUAUCAUUCGAUGGAAUUAUAAAGUAUGACCAACCAUCGCCCUUGUCUACAGCAGAGCGUUUACGCGCCCAAGAUGUUUUGUCUCGGAUUGCCCAACAGGUUGCUGAUGAGAGUGGCGUCAAGGGAGGCUUCCACCGUCAUUUACUUGUCCGUCUUUCUUACGAGCACUCAGCCUCAGAGUUGUCAAAAGAUACAUUUCUACGAGUUUUCUUUAACUUUAUGGGGCUCGAGUUGACCUGCGAUGAAGACAUCGACCUGAAUGAUAGCGGGCUGGUCCAAAGUUUCAUCGAAUUUGCGGAUAUGCUGCUCGACCAAUUCUUUAUCCCAUUGAGAGCAAGUGGGAGGAAAACUCCGCAGCGUACGCCUGCACAGAUCUCUGCUACUAGAAGCAUUCAAUCACCUCAUGAGAUCGCUGGCCUUGCGGAGAGACUCUCAUAUCUUAGGUCCCUGUGUCUUAUUCGAGAUCGGCAUCGUUGUGUUAUCUCACGGACUUUCGAUGCACAACAGGAAUUUCACCUAUUAAUGCAGCAUGGUUCGAAUGCGCAGGAUGAUGACGGGAACUUGCUUCGAGGCGGACUCCCGGGCCAAGCUUUGGAGGUGGCGCAUAUAAUUCCGCACUUACUCCUAGAAAUGGACAAUAAUUCACAGCUGGCAAUAUCUGCACCUUUAACGAUUUUGUUGCCGAACGAUGGGCUACCUGUGACUCGCAAGCUCUUUUUCAGCCAAGGAAAAACAAUAGACCCUCCUUCUCCCCGGUUGCUCGCCCUACAUCGAGCAAUAGCCCACAUCCUCAAUCUAUCAGGAGCCGGGGAGUACAUUGACAAACUGCUUCGGGAUCUUGAAGAAAUAGGUGUACAAGCGGAUGGGUCGACGGAUCUAGGGCGUCUUAUUACAUUUAGGCUUGGUGGACAGGAUAAAUUUGUCCAAGCAUAUUAA